AUGCAUCGCCGCUGCCGUACGGCUGUGUACCUUGGCCUUUUCUCCAUCGCGGCUUCUCUGAGAGCCGUCUUGGGCGGUCAGCACUUCGAGUAUGACGAAGACCUAGGCAAGCUCGCAGUGAUCUACAGCAGCGCUGCGUACGACAGGGUGGAAGAGUGGGUGUUCGCCAACCCGGCUUGCAACGAGCAGACGAAAGGGUUCGUCUUCGUUGAGUCGUUCGUCGGCGAGCACACGGACGCGUUCAGCUUCGUCGGAGUGGACACGGUUGGCGAGAGGAUCGUUGUGGCUUUCAAAGGCACCACCGACGUACAAGAUUGGGUGACGAACCUACGAACUUGGAUACACUACACUCAUCGCUGCGCGCCGGCGGGGGGGCCAGACACGGUCGCCGCCACCACCCCCCACCCAGGGGGCGAGGCCGCCGCCCCGGGCCGGCGAGCGGCGGCGGAAAUGUCGCAAUCGCGUUCGCGUCAACAACAUCGGAGACGACCGGGGGGUCAACCGGCUGACUUACGGGGGCAAGAAGAAGCGAAGGCCAGCGGCGGCGGUGAAGGCCGGGUUGAUGGCAGGCAGGCGGAAUCCGGAGCAGGCCAAGGUGGGUUGUGGGGGCGUGAAACGUUUCACGGCGCUGGGGUAGUCGGGAGGGAGGACGACAACAACAACAACAACAACAACAACCCAGGAUCAUCGUCCGGAGUCGGGGGCAGAGAUCCGACGGCGGCGGGCUACGCGUCGUCGUCCGCCAUGGAGGCGGCCCCACGAGAGCGUGGCGACGCACCCGGAGGAGAAGGGCCAGGGGCGGGCGACGACGGCGAGGACGACCAGCUGCUGAUAGGCAACGUGCACUUCGGCUUCUGCGAGUUCUACCAGACGCUGGUCGCCGAGGGCCUGGCCGCCAAGGUGCUGCACCUCGCCCGCAAACACCCGACCUACACGAUCUUCGUCACGGGGCACUCGCUCGGCGGGGCGGCGGCGGCGGUGUGCGCGGCGGACCUGGUGGAGAGGCUAGGGGUGGCCAGCGAGCGGGUGGUGCUGUACACGCUGGGGGAGCCGCGCGCGGGGGACGGAAUUUUUGCGGACGGGAUCAACGAGCACGUGGGGACGGCCUACCGCAUCGUGCACGACAAAGACUUGGUGCCUCAUCUGUCGCUGUGCUGCCACGGUUGGCUCGGCAAAUGCAUAGGUGGGGAGGAGGCAUGUCCCUACCAGCACAGCACCGAGAUAGUGUACGCCAACGACAUGAGCGACGGAUCCCCCUGGAUUCAGUGCAACGACACGGUCGGAGAGGACUACGCAUGCGAUCCCCAGGGUUGGGAUCUGAGCAUCGCAGAUCACGUCAGCUACUUCGCGCGCACCGUCGGGCAGUACUGCAACACCCCCCCAGAGGACCUCAAGCCAUUUCCCCUGGCCCAAGAAGAGGAGAAGGCCAAGUGGGCACCAUACGAGGCCGCUAUGCGCCAAGAAGAUGAUGCCUACCGACCCAUGGAGAGGCUGCGGGACGGAUGUGGGAGGGCGGGCUUGCGGUGA